UGUAUCAGGUUUCAGAACAUAUUGUAUAUCGAUUUGUUUCCUUGGUAACGGUUUGUACCAGGCGCACUUCGCUUUGGUCGAACUGCCACAAAAUCUACAAGUAAAGUCAGUAAGGUCCAAUCAGACCAGAGAAGUCGGUGGACCUGCAAGAAAACAGAAAAAAUUAAAAAAAAGGAAAAAUGUUGCACUCGAAGGCAACAGCUGCUCUGUUGAGGUUGAAGGAGAUGGACAAGAAGUAUAAUAUAAAACGUAACGAGGGCACGAGAGUUCAGAGUAACGUCAGCACUGAAAGUUCUCUGGAAAGUUCAUCUAGAAGUUUGCAAGUCAAAUCUAAGACCUUGAAUGACAAAGAUAGUUCAGCUUUAUCAACACCUAAUGCAGAGAUGGAAUUUAGAUUCAAGGCAUUUUCUAAAUCCAAGAUGGAGAUUAAGAUUCCACUCAACAAUAUAAAAGAUGAUGAAUCCUCAAUCAGUGACAGUGUGACCUUGAAUAAGCCUUCAAAGGCAUCCCCUAAAACGAGAUCCAUAAUCGAAAGUAUUGAAAUAGAAGAAGAAAGUAAAGAUUCAAGGUUGAAAGAAUUUCCUGAGAGUCUCUCAAACCUGGAUACGAAUUCCAAAGAUAAGGUUAAAAUUCCCACGAUAGGAUCUCAGAAUUCCCCAAGGAACAAUGAUAAUUCUUCUAUCGCUACAGCAUUUUCUAGGCGUUCAGAUGUUUCUGAAACAAUUUCAGAAGCAGUUAAAUCCGUGAACGAGACUUCCUCUAAAAAAAGCGAUGAAAAAUCGUACGAACCAGAAGUGGCGAUGGCUGAGGACAAUGUCCCGUUAUCGAAUAGCGAUAAUAAAGAAACGACGAUAGAAGAAGUUAUCAGGCUAAUCGAAGAAAAAAGCGAAAUCACCUCCGAACAAUCAAACACGAUGAACAAGGACAUUUCCAUGGAGAAGAUUUCCUUCAAAGAAGAACAGAAGACUAGAUACGAAGAUGACACUUUCGAAGAAGCUUCUAGUUCUAUUGAAUCAUCCAGUUCUGUUGAACAGAAGCUGGAGAAGAGCUCGGUAGAGGAUACUGUAAUUUCUGGGGUGAAACAUAUUAAGAUUACUCCACACAGGCAGACAGAGAAUGUUCAGAAGACGGUGAUCGACGAAGACAGAGACAAAGAAAUCGUGGAGUUGAUCGCGCCAAAAAUAAUGCACAGUACCAGCGAGUGUGAAAUUGGCCUCGACGAGGAGUUAUCGAAUUACGUGAAGAGAACGGAGAACAUGGACGAAGCAGGACCGAUCAAUCUUCUGAAGCUACCUAAACAAGUAACUCCAACGCGGAGGCACGUUCGUCGAAAAAAGUACCGGAAGUUGCCCAAUGAAAACACAGAGGAGAAAACUGACUCGACUUCUGAACACGAAAGAUUAACAGAACGUAAGGAAAACAGUCAAGAGUCCAUGACAUCCAUAAAAAGUGAAAAGGAUCCGAAGGAAACUUCCUUACCGACCGAGUACGGCAGAGAAGAAUUUAUUAACAGAAUAGAAACUGGAAAGUCAAGAACUGAGAUAGAAGAUGGCAGUUCGAAAACGAAUUUCAGUGAAGAGAAACUUCUAAGAGAGACUCCAAAACAGUCUGAUGUUACCUGUACUUUAAGAAAAUUGAAUAAAGAUGCAAUUAAUGCCAUAGUUAGGAGAAGUAGGGUUCAAACACCAGUAGAAGAUUUAAGUAGCCUAAAUAAACCUAGACCUUGUAAAAAUUGUGGAACUAUAGCGAAGCUUCCAGUUGUAGACGCUGUAGAUUAUGACAGUGACGCUUCAUCUCUAGAAAAAUUUAAGACGGGCAAGGAGACUAAUUGUGAUCAAAGAGUUAAACAGAAGAAGACUAAAUGUAAGAAAGUUUCAAGGUCGUCGAAGAAUCGAAAAUCACCAAAUUGUAACAAAGUAGAGGGGAAGCACUCGAGAUUUGAAUGCAGACAAAUGCAUAAUCUGCGGAAGCACGCAGCAAUACUCAGGUUGCAACAGGAACGCGAGGACAUUCGUAAUUACUUGCUGGAGCUGGAAGGCACGCGAUUAGAAUUUGGUCCAGGCAUGACGUCGUCUAAAUUAUCCAUCUUUAAACCGCUUGAAUUUCCAAAAAUCGCAGCAUUUGUAAAACCUGACGAGGAGGAUUCAAUAUUUAAAGCUAAAGGUGGGCUUGCCGAAUUACAGAAAAGAAUACUGAUGAUAAAGCAGUGCCUAAAGGAUCAAUACAUUCUUUACAGGGAUUACAGUAGUUUAGCACAAACAGUGAACUCAAAAUAUAUUCCUGCCAGCCUGGAGGAUGCAAAGAGGACGAUUCGCCAGUUACAGAGAGCAACGAUUAAGAGCAGGUGACCGGUCGUUUCUACGAACCUCAUGACAAGAACCGACCAGGCACGUGCAACGUGAUUCUUCUACCGUGCCAAAGUGUACGGUGUUGUUCCGCGCAGUACUGUGUACUGUGCAUUAUACUUCCUCUGUGAUGGUUGUGCGUCGACUUUUGCUUCGUAUUAUUGUACCAGUUUUGUGAAAUAAAUUUGUCCUGGAAGUGA